UUUUCUUUUUCUUUUUAUACUUAUCUAUAAAGCAAUUUCUGACCAAUGCUUAACACUACUGAGAAUAUCAUUGACAAUGCUGCUAGUAUAUUAUUAGAAGAGGCCUCAGCUUUAAAUGAUGCUGCCCAAAGACUAAAGACAAACCCAGCUUCCAGAGAAGGUUAUCAGGAAGCCAUUUAUCUUAUGUUUAAAUCUUUGGAUGCUGGUGGCAAAGUGGUUGUCACUGGUGUUGGAAAAUCAGGAAAAAUUGGUGAAAAAAUUGUCGCUACCAUGUUAUCCACAGGUACAUGUGCAACCUUUCUUCAUCCUGUUGAAGCAUUACAUGGCGAUCUCGGCACAGUUCAACCUAACGAUGUCGUUUUGGCAUUAUCUUUUUCUGGAAACACUGAAGAGCUCUUAAUGCUGUUGCCAAGUCUGAAGCAUCGUAAUAUUCCAGUCAUCGGCCUGUGUGGUAACCCUAAUAGCAAGCUAUCCAGAGAGUGUGCUGCUUGGAUUGACGGUUUUGUAAAACGUGAAGCUGGUGGUUCUAUUCCUGCCCCUACAUCAUCCACCACAUUGACAUUAGCUCUCGGUGACGCAUUGGCUUUGACUCUUGCAAAGUUAAGAACGUUUACUACUGAUGGAUUUGCGUUAAAUCAUCCUGGGGGUUCACUUGGUAGAAGGUUAUUGCUGAAAGUGAAAGACAUAUACAUAAAUUCAUCAAAAGUUGCAUGUGUCAGUCCAAAGACAUCCCUCGAUGUCAUAAUUAUGGAAAUGACAAAACAUCCAAAAGGUUCAGGCGUUAUGGUACUGGAUGACGAUGAUUUAAACUUGGAUGAGGACAACCAAACUAGAGACAUAUCUUUGUUUCCAUCGCCGCCACUAUCAGAGACAUCUUCUUUAAAUGAAUAUGAAUGUCAGAAACAAAAUAGAAUAGUUGGUGUUAUUACACAUGGCGACAUCCAUCGUAUCUUAAAAGCAUCGACGCGAGAAGGCAUUUUCCAAAUACGUGCGAUGGAUAUAAUGUCACAACACCCGAUUGUAUUUGAACAAGAAGGAUUAGCUUCGGAAGCUAUUGCGACAAUGCAAGAAAAGAACAUUCCGUUAUUACCGGUGAUAAACAGUGACAAGGAUUGGGUUGGUGUUGUCACCCUGAAAGACCUCCAAGAACUUUUUUAAAAUGUUGUACUAUAUGGUACUACAUUGUAUUUUUAUAACAUCAUUCAUUACAUUAUCACAUUAAUAAUAUCCACCCUCCAUCACCUAUUUAUUUUUUUCCAAUUCUUAUUAAAAAUUAAUCGUCGUUAAUUUCCAAGUUA